CGGGAGCGGAGCGGGGGCUCGGGCCCUGCCCCGAGGCCGCCCCCGCAGCGCCCGGCGAUGGUGGCGGCCGGAGCGGGGCGGCGGCUCCCCGAGCCCUGAGCGCCGCGGGGCCGCGGGCGAGGCACCAUGAGCGUGCGGCCUCCGCAGGCCCUCGACAGGUUAAGCAGCCUGUCUUCCCUGGGUGACUCUUCCUCCGAGCGCAGGUCUCCGGGGCACCGCCGCCAGCCCUCCGACUCCUCCGAAACCACAGGCCUGGUCCAGCGCUGCGUCAUCAUCCAGAAGGACCAGCAUGGCUUCGGCUUCACCGUCAGUGGGGACCGCGUCGUCCUGGUGCAGUCGGUGCGGCCAGGGGGAGCAGCCAUGAGGGCCGGGGUGCAAGAGGGGGACCGCAUCGUCAAGGUGAACGGCACCAUGGUGACCAACAGCUCUCACCUCGAAGUGGUCAAGUUAAUCAAGUCCGGUGCCUACGUCGCCCUGACCCUCCUGGGCUCCCCCCCUCCAUCCGUGGGGCUCCCCAGUUCUCAGCAGGACGUGAGCACGGCCGGGGCUCCCCGUGUCCCCCCCGCCUGUCCCCCUCCGCCGCCUCCACCACCACCCCCUCUGCCGCAGCGCAUCACCGACCCCAAACCCCUGCAGGACCCCGAGGUCCAGAAGCACGCCACGCAGAUUCUGCGCAACAUGCUGCGGCAGGAGGAGGCAGAGCUGCAGCGCUUCUAUGAGGCUUACAGCAGGAACCCGGCCACAGCAGUGGAGGAGCAGAUCGAGGGAGCCCGGCGGAGGGUGAGCCAGCUCCAGCUGAAGAUCCUGCAGGAGACCGGUGGCUCCAUGGAUCCGGGACGGCUCUGCAGUGACUCUGGCUUGGCUGCUUUCAAGGUGGUGGAAGGACGCCUCUCCCUGGACUCACAGGAUGGGGACAGCGGGUUGGAGUCCGGGACAGAGCGAUUCCCAUCCGUGAGCGAGGUCUCCCUGAACCGCAACUCGGUGCUGUCCGACCACGGCCUCGACAGCCCCAGGACAUCCCCGGUCAUCACGGCCCGGCUCUUCCAGCACCACCGGCGCCAGGGCUCCGACACCCCCGGCACCCCCCUGCCCGAGCAGGGCUUGGACCGCACGGGACGACCCCUGAUCAUCGGGCCAGAGGAGGAUUGUGACCCCGGGUACUUCAAUAACGAGUGCGACUCCCUCUUCCAGGACCUGGGCAAGCUCAAAUCCCGGCCGGCGCACCUGGGGGUCUUCCUGCGCUACAUCUUCUCCCAGGCAGACCCCAGCCCCCUGCUCUUCUACUUGUGCACCGACGUUUGCCAGCAGACCACAGGCAAGGACUGCCGGGGCUUGGGGAAGGACAUCUGGAACAUCUUCUUGGACAGGAGCGCGCCUCUCCGGGUCAAGGUGGCCGAGCAGCUCCUGGCUGAGAUCGAGACCCGGCUGCGGAAUGGGGAUGACGUCCGAGCCGCCCUCUUUGAAGCCCAGGAGAUGGUGAUGCCCGAGAUCCAGGAGCAGAUCCAGGACUACCGAACCAAGCGCACCAUGGGCCUGGGCAGUCUCUAUGGGGAGAACGACCUCCUGGACCUGGAUGGGGACCCCCAGAAGGAGCGGCAAGUGGCCGAGAAGCAGCUGGCCCAGUUGGGUGACAUCCUGUCCAAGUAUGAAGAGGACAGGAGCUCCCCCAUGGCCUUCGCCCUCAGCACCUACAUGAACCACGCAGGCAUCCGCAGCCGCGAGCCCCGGGCAGCCGGCGCCAGCGAGAAGGCCCCGUCCCUCCCGGACAGGGACAAGUGGCUCCCGUUCUUCCCCAAGGCCAAGAAGCAGAGCAGCAGCACGAAGAAGGACAAGGAUGCCAUGGAGGACAAGAAGCGCAACCCCAUCCUCAAGUACAUUGGGAAGCCCAAAAUCAGCUCCCAGAGCACAUUUCAUGUCCCUUUGUCCCCUGUUGAAGCAGUCAAACCCGGCAAUGUGAGGAACAUCAUCCAGCACUUUGAGAACAACCAGCACUGCGAGAGCCAGGAGCCCGGCUCCCAGCGCCUCUCCACCGGCAGCUUCCCCGAGGACCUGCUCGAGUCGGACAGCUCCCGUGCUGAGGUCAAGCUGGGCCGCUCCGAGAGCUUGAAAGGUCGGGAAGAGAUGAAGAAAUCCCGGAAGGUGGAAAACGUUCCCCGGUCCCGCAGCGACGUGGACAUGGAUGCGGCGGCCGAGGCCACCAGGCUCCACCAGUCAGCAUCAUCCUCUGCUUCCAGCUUGUCCACGAGGUCGCUGGAGAACCCGACCCCUCCGUACACGCCGAAGAUGGGGCGCAGGAGCAUUGAAUCCCCCAACCUGGGCUUCGGCGUGGAUCCCUUCCUGCCUCACCUCCUGGAGGACGAGCAGGGGCAGCUCUCGGACCUGGAGCCCGAGCUGGACACCCAGAACUGGCAGCACUCGGUCAGCAGGGAGCUGGUGGCCAACCUGCCCCAGAAGGAGAUCGACCGGCAAGAGGUCAUCAAUGAGCUCUUUGCCACCGAAGGCUCUCACCUCCGCAUCCUCCGGGUCCUCGACCUCCUCUUCUACCAGCGGCUGAAGAAGGAGAGCCUGCUGUCCCGGGAGGAGCUGGCGCUGCUCUUCCCCAACCUCCCUGACCUGAUAGAGAUCCACAAUUCUCUCUCUGAAUCCAUGAAGAAGCUCCGGGAAGAAGGACCAAUCAUCAAGGAAAUCGGGGAUCUCAUGCUGUCUCGGUUCGACGGCCUGGCCAAAGAGGAGAUCCAGCAGGUCGCUGCUGACUUCUGCUCCUACCAAUCCAUUGCCCUUGAGCUCAUCAAAACCAAGCAGCGCAAGGAGACCCGCUUCCAGCUCUUCAUGCAGGAAGCAGAAAGCAACCCCCAGUGCCGGCGCCUGCAGCUCAAGGACUUGAUCAUCUCGGAGAUGCAGCGCCUGACCAAGUACCCGCUGCUGCUGGAGAACAUCCUCAAGCACACCGAGGUGGGCACCUCGGAGCACGAGAAGCUGUGCCGAGCGCGGGACCAGUGCCGGGACAUCCUGCGGCACGUGAACGAGGCCGUGAAGCGAGCCGAGAACCGGCACCGCCUGGAGGGCUACCAGAAGCGCCUGGAUGCCACCUCCCUGGAGAGGACCAGCAACCCCCUGGCUGCUGAGUUCAAGAGCCUGGACCUCACCUCCCGGCGCAUGAUCCAUGAGGGGCCGCUCAGCUGGCGCGUCAGCAAGGACAAGACUGUGGACCUGCACGUGCUGCUCCUCGAGGACCUCUUGGUGCUGCUGCAGAAACAGGAUGAGAAGCUGGUGCUCAAGUGCCACAGCAAGACAGCGCUGGGCUCCUCGGACAACAAGCAGACCUUCAGCCCCGUCCUCAAGCUCAACUCAGUGCUCAUCCGCUCCGUGGCCACAGAUAAACGAGCCCUCUUCAUCAUCUGCACCUCGGAGCUGGGCCCCCAGAUCUAUGAGCUGGUGGCACUGACGUCCUCCGAGAAGAACACGUGGAUGGAGCUGCUGGAGGAGGCGGUGCAGAGCGCCACCAGGAACGCCACCUUCCCCCCCAAGCGCCGCACACCGGAGCCUGCCCGUGCUGCAGCCUCAGGCCUGGUGCUGCAGGACCCCGACGUCUCCCCCAUGCUGGCCCGAGGCUCUGGAGCAGAGGCAGGGGAUUGCUGCUCAGCAGAGCUCAGUGCCCCCGCGCUGCUGGGCAGGGGGAAGCCCCCCGAGGAGCCGCUGAGCAGCGAGGUGGAGGAAGGGGAGGAGGAGCUGCCCGCAGCCCCCCUGCCCACAGGGGCUGCUGUGGGGGUGCCUGACCCCCACCCCGCCGAGCAGCUGGGGCCCCCCAUGUGUCUGCUGCUCCCGGGGCCUGGCAGUGCAGAGGGGCUGGCAGAGGCGGCGCUGGAGGAUGUGGAGAGCCUGCGGGUGCUGCUGCUGCGGCGGCUGGGGCCGGGCCGGGAGGCGGAGCCCGAGGACGAGCUCACCCCCACGCCGUCGGUCAGCGGGGCCGCGGGCCAGGCCUGGGACUCGGCCCUGCAGGAGGCGCUGCCGGAGCCCCCCGAGGACGCGGAGCCCCCGGACGGGACGGGACCGGGGCCGGGACCCGCCGAGGAGCUCAGAGUGGUCCGGAAAGCCCGGGCAGAGGGGGGCAAGGAGGCCACGCCCUCUCCAGGUAGCAGCCAAUCAGAAACUGAGCUGCAGGAAGGAGGCGGAGCUAAUGUAGAUGGCAACUAUUUCUAUGUGAGCAUGCCCAUGGGGCUGCCCUCGGUGCCCCCCCCGAGCCCCCCCCGGGAGCCACCGGCCCGGCCGAGCCCCCCCGAGGCUCCCCCGGGGGACGUGGACCUCAUCUUCCGCACCAUCGAGCAGCUCACGCUGAAGCUCAACAGGCUCAAGGCUGUGGAAAGAGCCCAUCGGGAGCUGCUGCGGUCGCUGGGGCACAGCUCCUCAGCCGAUGCCACCCCCCUGGGGGGCUCAGCCCCAGAGAUGGAGCCAUGGGGCCAACAGCCCCCCAGCCCCGACAGCGACAGCCCCUUGUCCCGCGCACUGCGGAGCCUGCAGGGGCCCGCCACCAGUGCCCCAGGCUCCAGAGCCCCCCUGGCUGAGGCCCCCCCUCCUGACCUUUAGCAGCAGUGGGGCCCCCCCUUGAGCCCCCCCUGCUGUGGGCUGGGCUGGCAGGAGGGAGCCCCCAUGGGCCCCCCCAUGGCACCCAUCGGGCCCCCCCAUG